AUGCAGAAUCUGUCUGAACUUCCAAACAAUGCAACUUCCCACAAAAGCUUCUCUGUGAUCAUCAAGGUGUGUGUGGUCAUCCCUUUCUUCUGUGUCUUCCUCUGCUGCAUUGCUGUCAUGCUAUACAUCUUUGCAUCUCACAGGCAGUUCCUGGACACCUCACGUUACAUCCUCUUCACUUACAUGCUGAUCAAUGACACCCUGCAGCUCUUGACCUCUGUGCUGCUCUUCCUCUUUGUAAUGGGUCAGGUGAAAUUUCCUAUUGUCUGUUGUGUUCCUCUGUUGUUCAUAUCCACUGCCACUUUCCAAAACACACCCUUAAUCCUGGCCACGAUGUCACUGGAGCGUUAUGUUGCCAUCUUCUAUCCCCUGCAGCGUCCCGCAGCCUGGCGUUCAGAGCGUAUCUGGAUCAUUAUUCUUUGUCUGUGGCUCAUCAGUUGUAUUUUCACAAUCACUGACUACUCCAUCGGGAAACAUUAUCUCACUGUGGAUGUCCUCUCUACCCCUGUGCUGUGCAAAAAUGUCAUUGUCAGCUCAACUCCAAUUCAGACAAUAUUCAAAGCUGUUGGAAAUGUGCUCUUCUUUGCAGCAGUGGCUGUCAUCAUGCUCUUUACAUAUAUAAGGAUACUGCUGGAAACUCAGAAGCUGAGACAAGACAAAGCAUCCGUAAGCAAAGCCAUGCAUACUGUGGUGCUACACGGCUUUCAGCUGCUGCUGUGCAUGUUGGCCUUCACUCACCCCAUCACUGAAACUCUCAUAGUGCUGCAUGCUAACUGGCAACCCGAAGACAUUGCCUUUUUUAAUUUCUUCUGUUUCAUGCUAAUCCCACGUUUUCUUAGCCCGCUCAUCUAUGGCUUCAGAGAUCAGAGUCUCAGAGGCUACAUCGGGAAAACGUUUCUCUGCUGUUCAAAUAAAGUCAAAACCCCACAUCAGAGGCCAGCUGUAUGA